UCGUGCUGUAGUUAGAGAGUGGAUCGGCAGAGACACACACUCAAACCCUCGUCCUGUUGACGUUUCUUUGUUCAUCUGGUCGUGUUCUGUCUGUCUGUGGUGAGAUGCCAUGCGUCUGUCCAGAACUCAGCCGAAGUCCGCUCCAGAAUACCAGUGUCUCACCGACAUGGAGAGAAACAGCUGCAUGUCCAAUAACGUCUUUGAGUGGGCUCUGGAGGGCAACGCCCCGGCGCUGGAAGGUCACUCAGGUGAUCUGAGGGUGCAGGACGACGGCGGAGCCUCUCCGCUUCACUACGCCUCGUCCAAGGGCCACACCCGCGUCAUCACCCUGAUCCUACAGAUCGCCGGCCCACAGGAGCUGGACGUUGUGGAUGAUGAAGGAAACACACCCCUGCACUGGGCCGUUCAGCAGGAUCAGAGUGGAAGCUGUUCGGCUCUGCUGAGUCUCGGGGCGAAUCCCAACAUCCUGAACAAAGCGUCUCUCUCCCCCCUGCACCUCGCCGUCAGCCUCAGGCACAACCACAUUGUGGAACAACUGGUGACGCACAGUAAGACGGACGUGAACCUGGAGGGCGAUCUGGGAAACACGCCUUUCAUCCUGGCUGCGUCAGUGGACAACCACGAGGCGCUUCUCAUACUGUACAGGAAUGGCGCCAAUCUGUGCUGCCAAAACAAGCUGGGUCACUUCCCCAUCCACGCCGCCGCCUUCGCAGGAGCCAAGAGGUCCAUGGAAGUGGUUCUCCAAAAAGGAGAGGAGACAGGUGUGUGCGUAGAGAAACAUAUAAACUACGUGGACAAGUCCACCAGCAGUCCUCUUCACCUGGCUGUACGUGGAGGAAACCUGGAGGUCAUCAAGCUCUGCAUCGCUCACGGAGCCAAAAUCGACCAGCAGCAGUGUGAUAAGUCCACAGCUCUCCACUUCGCCUGCACUCAGGGAGCCGCGGAGGCCGUGAAGGUGAUGCUCCAGGCAUACGAGCGAGUGUGUGACAUCAUCAACAUCACAGACGGAGCGUUCCAAACACCGCUACAUAAGGCGGCCAUUUUUGACCAUCAUGAGCUUGUGGAGUAUCUGAUCUCACAGGGCGCUGACAUUGACUUCAUCGACUGUAAAGGCCACUCGCCACUGCUGCUAGCGACUAGUUGUGGUGCCUGGAGAUCCGUUAACCUGCUGCUCUCACAUGGUGCUGAUCUGAUGGUUAAAGACAAAGCUGGGUGUAACUUCCUCCAUCUGGCCAUCUUGCAGCCUCGAGGUCUGAAGAACCUUCCAGCAGAAGUUCUACAGCACGAGAGCGUGAGAGAGCUGCUGAAUGAUGAAGACGCAGAGGGUUGCACUCCUCUUCACUACGCCUGCAGGCUGGGGAUCCCUGACUCUGUGAAGAACAUGCUUGGCCUGGAGGUCUCACUCGACCAAAAGUCCAAGCAGAAGAAAUCAGCGCUUCACUUUGCAGCUGAGUAUGGGAGGAUCAACACGUGUCACCGGCUGCUGGAGACCAUGACAGACACUCGUCUGCUGAACGAGGGUGAUGAGAAGGGCAUGACACCAUUACACCUGGCUUCACGUGGUGGACAUGUUAAAGUGGUCGAGCUGCUCCUUAGAAAAGGUGCUUUGUUCCACAGUGAUUAUAAAGGCUGGUCGUGUCUACAUCAUGCCGCGGCUGAGGGCUACACGCAGACCAUGGACAGCUUACUCCUGUCCAACAUCAAACUCCUGGACAAAGCCGACGCAGACGGAAACACGGCACUGCACUUAGCCGCCCGAGCCGGACACGUUGCCGCUGUUCGCCUGCUGCUGUCCAGAGGAGCUCAGAUCCAGCUGAACCGCAGCGACGCUUCCUUCCUGCACGAGGCCAUUCACAAUGGGAGGCAGGACGUCACAAGCGCCGUGAUCGACAGCGACAGGUGCGAGGAGGCCAUCACAACAUUUAAAGUAACCUCUGCCAAACGCUGCCCUGUCCUGGACAUGAUCGAGUUUCUCCCUGAGUGCUUCAAGCAUCUCUUAGACACCUGCAUUAAAGAGUCAGAUGAAGACGUGAACUCCUGCGGCUACUACCUGGAGUAUAAUUUCCAGUGGCUUCAGCAGCCGAAACAGUACGCUAAGAAGAUGGAGAAAUCAGAGAUGGACAACAACUACAAACCCCUGGCUGCACUCAAUUCCAUGGUGGAGUUUAAUCGAGUCGAGCUUCUGACCCAUCCAGUGUGCAAAAAAUAUCUGGAAAUGAAAUGGCACGCGUACGGUGUGAAAGCUCACUUGCUCAACAUGACCAUAUACGCACUGGGGGUUUUCCCACUGACCUUCCUGAUCGUCAAUCUGCGGCCCAAUCUGAGCAUGGAGAAAAACAGCACGAGCAUCAACAUGCUCACCAAGACUCUCGACAAGCAAUGUUAUUUCAUCACAACCUGCAUGUUUCUGGUUCUCGCUAUGAAUUUAUACGCAGUCGGCAAAGAGUUAGCGCAGAUGUAUCAGCAGAGGUUUAAGUACCUGCGCGACCCGUCGAACAUAGCAGACUGGGCGUCGACCAUCUGCUCUCUGCUCUUCGUCAUUCCUCUCCUGCUGAACGUAAAAAGGUCGUGGCACUGGCAGGCCGGAGCUCUGGCAUCUCUUAACUCCUGGGUCAACCUGCUCCUCUACCUGCAGCGGUUCCAGAGGUUUGGAAUAUAUGUGGUGAUGUUUCGGGAGAUCUGUAAGACGCUGCUCAGCAUCAUUCUGAUAUUCUUCUACCUGAUCCUGGCAUUCGCGCUGACCUUCUACGCUCUAAUGAUUGAACAGAAACAUUUUGGUCGCCUGUUUCUGUCGCUGAUGCAAACGUUCGCCAUGAUGGCAGGAGAGAUCAACUACCAGGAAAACUUCUUGAAACCCUACAUGGGGAAACACCUUCCUUUCCCUGUGCUGACAUACUUUAUCUUCAUUUGGUUUGUGCUGCUCGUGCCGAUUCUGCUCAUGAAUCUGCUGAUUGGUUUGGCUGUGGGAGACAUUGCAGAGGUGAAGAACAACGCCUGUUUAAAACAGAUAGGGAUGCAGAUUGAACUUCACACUAACCUGGAGGAGCGUCUGCCGUACUGGUUCGUUAAAAGAGUCGACCAACUCUCUGUUAAGGAAUUUCCCAAUAAGUGCUACAACGGAAAGAGGUGGUUCGUCUGUGGAGGUGAAGUGAACAAAGUGAGAGCGAGGCUGAGCUCCAGCACACGGCAGUGCACACAGCUGGAGAGAGAACUCGCCAAACAGAAACACAGACUGAAGGAUCUCUCUGACUGCAUGGAGAAGCAGCACAACCUGCUAAAGCUGAUCGUGCAGAAGAUGGAGAUCAACUCCGAGGCGGAGGAGCGUGACGGCCCUCGCGUCCUGCACGACUUCACACACAGACUGAGCGCCCACAGCAAGUGGGGCCCGCUACUACGCGCUGUUACGGCCAAGAGGAAGUGACAUCACAACUCAGACACUGGGUUCAGACGGCGUGUUAAAGCUCCAGCUGAGCUGC